AUGGGGGAGAAGCAGGACGCGGCGGAGCGCUUGCGGAGGAGGCAGAGGUUUGGUUCAAGCGGACGUGGGGGGGGGGUCUUUCGUGAGUCAGAUGGGCUGGGUACUGCGCCCUGGUUCCCCAAGAACACAGAGCUGCUAGGUCUGUCCCAGCCGGACGCCCCAGCCAUGGACAGAGCUCUGCUGCCACAUCAUGACGCCGGGGAAAGGGAGCUCUGGGCUCGGGCCCCCCCCUGGAGAGCAGGGGGUCCUGCCACGCUGAGGGUCCUGAUCCUCGCCCUGCUCUGGAGGGGGUCCCUGUCCCAGCUGCCCGGAUUUACCCUGGCGGUGCCGCAUUCGGUGUCGGUGCAGGAAGGUCUCUGUGUUCUCAUCACCUGCACCUUCACGUAUCCAGCCUCGUACGACACCUACAAUUCCUGGGCCCGGCUCUACAGAUACUGGUACAAAGAUCCGGCCGAUGUGGACCAGAAUCCGCCCGUGGCAAGCAGUGACCCCGACCGGGGGGUAUCGCAGGAGACCCAGGGCCGGUUCCGGCUGGCGGAGAAUCCGGCGCCCGGCGACUGCUCCCUGCAAAUCAGCGACGCCCGACGGACGGAUGAGGGGAGAUAUUUCCUUCGAGUCGAGAAAGGAACAUUGAAAUACAGUUACCGCUUCUUUACGCUCACGAUCUCCGUGCCAGGGCUGACGGAGGAGCCAGAGAUCCAGAUCUCGCCGGCGCAGAGGGUGCCAGGAACACUGCUGGCCCAGGAGCCGGUGAAUGUGACCUGCACAGCCCCUGGGCGCUGCUCCGGGCCCCCUCCCCGAGUCACCUGGACGGGGUCGUUCAGCGACACAGCCCGGGAUGUCUCAGCCCCGCUGGCAAACGGCACCUGGGCCCACAGCUCCGAGCUCAGCUUCACACCCAGCCUGGGGGACCACGGCAAAGAGCUCGUCUGCACCGUCACCUACAGCUCAGCACAGGGACCUUCCACCCGCAGAACCGUCCAGCUCCACAUCGGCUACCCGCCCGGGCCCCCCAACACCACCGGGAACCUGACCAGGAACGGACGCCCCGUGCUGGAAGUGUCAGGAGCUGAGGGCGACAUCGUGUCUCUGGAGGCCCAGGAGGGCGACUCCCUGAGCCUGAGCUGUGAGGCUGGGAGCAGACCCGAGGCCACCCUGAGCUGGGCCAAGGGGAACGAGUCCCUCAGCCCCGGCCAGGGAGGGGCCGGGCGCCUGGAGCUGCCGAAUCUCAGCAGAGGGGACGCUGGGGAGUAUCAGUGCUGGGCAAAGAAUUCCUAUGGGUCGGCCAGCCGGGCCCUGCAUGUGCACGUGCAGUAUCCCAGCACCCCGGUGGGGAACGGGUCACAGCUCACGGCCCAGGAGGGCGACUCCCUGCGGUUCCUCUGCUCUGUCACCAGCAGCCCCCCCGCUGUGCUGGGCUGGGUGAGGGGGGGCCGAGCCAUCAAGGGAGCCCACCUCGCAGGGGAGAAUCAGCUGCGGCUGGAGCUGCCCAACGUGACGGCCGAGGACGGGGGGCUGUACGGGUGCUGGGCCCAGAGAAAGGAGAGCUCUGCCCAGGGGACAUUCCAACUGCUCGUCGAGUACAGCCCCUGGCCGGGGAACAGCCUGAACGCGUCCUGCCAGCACCAGGGGCCCAGCGUCAGCUGCAGCUGCUCCCUGCGCUCCCACCCCCCACCCCGGCUCCAGUGGCAGGUGGACGGGGAGCCGCUGGCUGGGAAUGGCUCACGGGGGCCCCUGCAAGUCAGCUCCUGGGCCCAGGGGGAUGAGGCCAUCAGCACCCUGAGCUGGACGGGGAGCAGGGACAGGAGCCCCCGGAUCUUCUGCCUCGGCUCCAACACCCACAGGAUGUAUACUGUACUGCUGAGCCCACCGGACACAGGUGGCCUCACUCGGGCAUUUAUCGAAAUCAGCGGCAAACUCGUCUUCGUGGCGACUGGAUUCUUCCUGGCCUAUUACCUCACCGUGCUCUAUUACAGACGGUAA